UGGCUGGCAUGUCGACUGCAACAAAGUGUUUAGGUAGUUGAAGCUCAAGUAUACUUUUCCUAACAACAUUUGCUGAUCUCCCCAAGUACAAUAACAGCUUCAACAGGACUACUACAAUGGCCGAGUCGAAAGCACAGGCUUCAAGCUUAGAAUGGAAGAUAAAUCUCCCCGAGGGCUCAGUUAAUCUGAAACCUGCUCAGAGGGGGUUUCAUCAUCGAGUCUCGGAUAAAUUCUGUGAGAUAAUCAAUGGCUGGAAAUCUGGGCUGGUUUCGAUCUUUGACAAGAUAUACAAGCUCGGGGCAGAUGAUCCAAGGAGAAUUGUUCAUGCCAUGAAAGUUGGAAUGGGGCUUGCUCUGGUUUCGCUCUUUUAUUUCAUGAACCCACUCUUUGUUAGCGUGGGAGGAACUGCCUUAUGGGCUGUCAUGACAGUGGUGGUGGUUUUUGAAUUCACUGCAGGUGGGACUCUUAGCAGGGGGCUGAAUAGAAUCUGUGCAACAUUGUUAGGAGGGACCUUGGCAGUAGGAGUAAAUUUUGCUGCCGAUUGUGCUGGUCAUAAAGCGGAGCCAAUAAUUCUGGGUGCUGCUGUGUUUCUACAAGAUUACUUUUGUGUGAUUGCAGGUGCAGUAGUCACUUUUGCACGGUUUCAUCCGAGGAUAAAGGCCAGAUAUGAUUAUGGACUUUUGAUCUUUAUUCUGACUUUCAGCUUCAUGACAGUCUCUGGGUAUCGCGUCGACAAGUUAUUUGUUCAGGCUUAUGAACGUCUCGCCACCAUAGUCAUGGGAUGCAUUUUAUGUAUAGUUAUCAGUUUAGUCAUUUGCCCGAUCUGGGCUGGAGAAGAUCUUCAUAAAUUGAUCAUUCGCAAUAUGGAAGGGCUUGCCCGAUCCUGUGAAGGAUGUGUGGCCGAGUACUUUCGAGAAGAAGGGGAGGGCGACAAGGACAUAGUCACCAGAGGCUACAAAUGUGUUCUGAAUUGCAAAUCUUCAGAAGAAUCCCUCGCAAACUUUGCUAGAUGGGAGCCUGCACACGGGCCAUUUGGGUUCAGAUAUCCAUGGGUCCAGUACUUGAAAAUUGGAGCAGCUAUGCGUUACUGUGCAUAUUGUGUAGAAGCUUUGAAUGGUUGCCUUAAUUCUGAAACCAUGGCACCAUCACCUGUUCGAUCACAUCUCAGAGCUCCCUGCAUGAAAAUAGCAGGAGAAUGUUCCAAAGUGCUAACACAACUUGCAGAAAGCAUAAAGACCAUGACCAAGAGCACAGAUGUCGAUCUCAUGAUGGAUCAACUGAAUAAAGCAGUGGAUGAGCUCCAGAGCUGUUUGGUAUAUCAUCCAGAGCUUUUCAUCGACAGUAAAAGGUGGCAGGUUAUUGAUGAUGAACCAGUGCACAAUGAUGAACUAGGGAAUAACACAGACUCUGAAUCUAAAAAGCUCUUUCAUUCUCUGAUAUAUAAGCAGAUGGGAAAGACUGAAAAACCUAUCAAACAGAGUGCACAAAAAGAGAGCAAGGAAACAUCAAUAAACUUCAUGGAUGGUCUUGCUCUGGCCACAGUUGCAUGUCUUCUCAGAGAAAUUGUAGCCAGGCUUAGUACUGUUAUUGAGGCAGUGGAGGGGCUGGGGGAGAUGGCAAAUUUCAAAUCAGUGGAAAACAAACAAUCAACAAGAGUGCCAAUUCCACCAUUAUCUUCUCCUGCAGCAGCCAAACAAGUUCCUCCACCACCACCACUUACAAAAGUGCUUGCCGAUUUAGACACUGCACCUCACUCCAACGUCACCCCCAACAAUGGGUAGUGAUGGAACAAGCUUUGAUUGUCUCAUGAGAGUAAUGAGCUCUCCCAAACACUUCUAUGUGUAUUAAACUAUAAUUACCAUCCUUAUUAUGUCAAUCAUCCACUGUUUAUAUCGCACCACCAGGCGUGGGAAGCAAACAAAAAGUAAUCAGCAGUAGUACUGAGUUUUCUUUGGAAAAACUCUUUAUGCAUCCACCUUACUACUAAGCACUUUCUAUACUACUAAAUAAACUUUGCUUCGUUCCCUCUGCCAUUUUUCUAGCAUACAUGUAUACAUAUU